UCAGCUCAUGCACACUGCUUCUCGUGGCUGUAUAGCACAGCCAUACAAAGCAGUGUGAUUACAGUGAAGCACAAACACACCCAGCACACAGUUAACCCUUUGAUCACCCCCAUGUCAAUCCCUUCCUGCCCAGCGCCAUUAGUACAGUGGCAGUGUUAUUUUUUUAGUAGUGAUCACUGUACUGGUGUCACUGAGGAUGUCAGUGACACCAAGUUAGUUCCCCCCAGUGUCAGGAUGCCCGCCGCAGUCCUGCUAUAAGUCACUGAUAGCCACCAUUACUAGUAAAAAUUAAAAAAAAAAAAAAACCACUAUAUAUACCGCCAUUUGUAAACGCUAUAACUUUCACGUAAACCAAUUCAUUUA